ACUCCGUCGUUUUGGAGUCAGCAAAUCCGUCUCCUUCAAGUAAACUGUGAAGCCCCAAAGAGUUAUUCUCUUUCUCUCGAUCCUUCCUUGGUUUCUCAUCUUCAUCGUUUAACCAUGGUGCUCGAGGCAACGAUGAUCUGUAUCGACAAUUCGGAGUGGAUGCGAAACGGUGAUUACUCUCCUUCUAGAUUUCAAGCUCAAGCUGAUGCUGUUAAUCUUAUUUGCGGAGCUAAAACUCAGUCUAAUCCAGAGAAUACAGUGGGAGUUUUAACAAUGGCGGGAAAAGGAGUUCGUGUUCUGGUCACUCCUACCAGUGAUCUUGGCAAAAUCUUAGCUUGCAUGCAUGGUUUAGAAAUAGGUGGUGAAAUGGACUUGGCAGCUGGGAUUCAAGUGGCUCAGUUAGCGCUUAAGCAUCGCCAGAAUAAAAAGCAGCAGCAAAGGAUUAUUGUCUUUGCUGGAAGUCCUAUCAAACCUGACAAGAAGUCAUUGGAGAUGAUUGGAAGGAAGUUGAAAAAGAAUAGUGUAGCUCUUGAUAUUGUAAAUUUUGGUGAAGAUGAUGAAGGGAAGACAGAGAAGCUGGAAGCACUUCUAGCUGCUGUUAACAAUAAUGAUUCCAGUCACAUUGUUCAUGUUCCUGCUGGUCCUAAUGCUCUCUCUGAUGUACUUAUAAGUACCCCCAUCUUCACUGGGGAUGGGGAAGGUGGAAGUGGCUUUGCAGCUGCGGCAGCAGCAGCUGCAGCUGGUGGAGUCUCUGGUUUUGAGUUUGGUGUGGAUCCCAACCUUGAUCCUGAAUUGGCCCUUGCUCUUAGAGUUUCAAUGGAAGAGGAGAGGGCCAGGCAAGAAGCAGCUGCUAAAAAGGCAGCAGAGGAGGCAUCUAAACAGGAAAAGGGCGGGGAACAACAAUCUAGCUCACAGGAUGCAACAAUGACUGAACAUGCCAGUGGGGCAACUUCAGAAGCUGAUAAUAAGAGAAACGAUUUAUCAGACGAUGACAAUGCUUUACUACAACAGGCCCUUGCAAUGUCCAUGGAUGAGCCUGCCUCUACCCAUGAUGUACAGGACUCAGAGAUGUCAGAUGCAGCUGCAGAUGAUCCAGAGCUUGCAUUAGCUCUUCAAUUAUCCGUGCAAGACAGUGCAAAAGAUUCAUCUAGUCAGGCAGAUGUGAGCAAGUUGUUAGCAGACCAGUCCUUCGUAUCCUCCAUCCUUGCAUCACUUCCUGGGGUAGAUCCAAAUGAUCCUUCAGUUAAGGAGGUGCUUGCUUCCAUGCAAAGCCAGUCUGAGGUGAGCUCAUCAAACUUAGUGACCCAGCAGAAGCAGGAUGAGGACAAGGCACCAAACGAGGAGAAGUGAUUUUUCUUUGAAUUUCCUUUUCUUUCAGAUUCCUUGUGCAGAUUUGGAAGCUCCUGAUUGCGGCCACUCGAUAUUCAUGUAGAUGGGUAUUAUUUGUUCUAAAGGCUUCGGAAGAGUUUCUGAUAUUUUCAUGUCUAAGAAUAGUAACAUUGAAAUGUAUCUCUUUGAUGUUUCCACUAGUUAUAGACUGCACAUAUAUAUCCCCCAAGUACAGAUUGAGAAUGUCAUCAUGCAUGGAAAACUUAUUUGCAAUGAGAUCCAAUCUUUUUUCC